UCCCCACUUUCUGGGAGAGCUCAUUGCAGCUGAAGCUCAUCCCCUCCACCAUGCAAUGUUUAUUCCCACAACAUCCACGACCACCACGCAACAAGUAACACAAUUCAUAAUGCGCAGUCCGACUGCUCUUGACCGUCUCGUCACAUCCAAGAAUGCCUUCUUCGCCUUCGCCGGCAUCAUCGUGGGUGUAAGCGCGUGGGCCAUCUGGCGCGAUGCGCCGCUCCUCGGCGCGAGCACCGACGACCCGUACGGAGAUCCUAGCGAGUGGACGGCGCAGGAGCUGCGGACCUGGCUCAACGCUAGGAAUAUCGUGACUAGUGAAGACGAGAGUAGAGAGGCCCUUGUUGAGCGCGUUCAUGCCGCUGUGAGGGCGAGGAGAAUUCCGCCUACGCCGAGGAGUUGAGUUGGGCUGGGGCUGAGGCUGGGGCUGGGCAGUGGCAUGUAGGUUUUGAGGAUCUGGUACACGUUCGUACAUAUCGGCACUGGAGGUUGGUUGAGAUAUCAAUAGCACGUGACUGUGCUUGGAAACUGCCGUCU